AUGGACCUAAAAACGUCAUAUUUGUUCGAGAAUGAAUGGGGGUUUACGUUACCUUUUUACUACAAGGGGCAGAGUUUGAAAUCUAAGAGUGUUUUAUUAGAUGACAACUUUUCUGAAAUCAUUGAUGAGAAUUAUUAUUUAGAUGAUGGAUUUAAAGAUGGACCUAAAAAGUCAUAUUUGUCAGAUGAAUGGGGUUCUUACCUUUUACACAAGGGGCAGAAGUUUGAAAGUGUUCAGGAUUUUCAAGAUAAACUUAGGAAGUAUGCGGUUCAAAUUGGUUUUUGUUAUGUGCUACCUAGGAAUGAUGCACUCUAUGUCAAAGCUGUUUGUGAAAAUCAUGGAACUGAAAAAUGUGGCUGGGAAUCUGCUGAUAUUAUGAGCAAUUUCAAGUCAACAUAUGGUUUUGAUAUCAGCUAUAAGGUUGCUUUGAGAGCAAAGAGAAAGUCUGUGGAAAAGCUUUAUGGAUCUGAAGCUGAUUCAUUUUUCUAUGCUAAGUUGGUUGAGGGUUUCAAGUUCAGUUUCCCAGUUUUAUAUGUGGAUGGUACAUUUGGAAAGAGCAUCUACAAGAGUCAGAUUCUUUCUGCCACCGGAAGAGAUGAAAACAAAGGUUUCUUUCUUCUAGCCUUGUAUAUCUGUGACUCAGAGACUGAAGAAAAUUGGGUUUUUUUUUUCUUCAAGCACUUGAAGGCUUUGCUGGAACCACAGAGAAGGGUAAUCACCUUUAUCAGCGAUCGUGGUGGUCGGUUGUUGAAGGCUUUUAAUCAAGUUGCUAAUUAUGCAUCGACCGAGAGGGCUUAUUACCAUCACUUACAAGCUCUAAGAGAUGAGGGCGGUGCUGAAGUACUUGAUGAGUUUAUAGCUGAGAUCCCUUUGGAGAAUAGGUGCCGUGCUUUCUUUAAAGUCUGCCGGUAUGGGAUUAUGGCAAAUGGUAUUGCUGAGUCUUUUAACAAAUGGAUUGUUGCUGAGCAUUCAAUGCCUCCGCUUGCAAUGAUAGACCAGACUAGGAUGAAAGAAAUGAAGUUGAUGUCUGAUAGGAGGGUUGAGUCCAAAUCUUGGACUACUCAGCUUACACCUGAAAUGAAGAAGAGGCUGGUUGAGCGGAUGCAUAAGGCGCAUAGUUUCAGAGUUAUUGCAUCUCAAGAAAAUGUUUAUGAGGUUAGAGAUGAUAAGUACUCAUAUACUGUGAACUUUUCUACUCGUAGUUGCUCUUGUGUAAAGUGGCAAAUUAAUUGUUUUCCUUGCUCCCAUGCCCUUUCUGCUAUACAAGUUGCAAGAUUGAAUGUUUAUGAUUUUAUUGACUCGUACUUUAGUGCCGAAUAUUUUAGGAUGAGUUAUAACUUCCUUAUUCAUCUAGUGAGUAAUGUUGAUGCUUCUUCUUCUGCUUGCAUUGAGGAGUCCAUACUACCUCCUAUUACGAAUAGGCUGGCUGAGAGGCCUAAGGUGAAGAUGAUUAAAUCUUCUGGUGAGAAGAAGUCUAUUCGGUGUGGUUGA